UGGUCUAGAUCAUGAGGCUGACUUUACUAUCGGAAACAGAAAGAAGGAAAAGAGAGAGAACUCAGCAAGUUGCUUAAAAAUAUUUCAUGACUUCAUUGUGGCUAAGUGUGGAGGUCAGUUAGGACUUCUGGGGACCUACAGAUUGGUGCUGAAGAUUUUAGCUACAGUCUUGGUUAUUUGAAGUUUAGCAAUGGAGUCAUUCUCUGCUGAGACCAACUCAACUGACCCACUCUCCCAGCCUUUGUAUGAACCCCAAAUAAUUCUCUCUAUGGUCAUUCUUGGCCUCACUUUUUUAUUAGGAUUGCCAGGCAAUGGGCUGGUGUUGUGGGUGGCUGGCCUAAAGAUGCAGCGGACAGUGAACACAGUUUGGUUUCUCCAUCUCACCCUGGCAGAUUUUCUUUGCUGCCUCUCUUUGCCCUUCUCCCUGGCUCACUUAGCUCUCCAUGGAUACUGGCCCUAUGGCAGGUUCCUGUGCAAGCUUAUCCCCUCCAUCAUCAUCCUCAACAUGUUUGCCAGUGUCUUCCUGCUUACUGCCAUUAGCGUGGACCGAUGUCUGAUGGUACUCAGGCCAAUCUGGUGUCAGAAUCAUCGCAGAGUGAGGACAGCCUUCGCUAUUUGUGGAUGUAUUUGGAUGAUGUCUUUUGCAAUGUGUAUUCCUGUGUUCAUGUACCGGGAAACAUUCACUGUAGACGAUUAUAAAAUGUGUAUAUACAAUUUUGGUUUCACCAGCUCAGAUUAUUCGGAUUACACCUAUGAUCCAGAUGAAUUAGAAAAUGGGUCUUUCACCAACUCCAUUGUUCAGCAGCCUGGAAAAAUGGAUGAUAAGUUAAAUUUUUCCUCUUUCCAAGCAAACAAUUAUCCUUGGACAGCCCCCACCAUCCUCCAAUCUCAAACACUUGGAAGACAUUCUGGAGAUUUGAUCCCUGGGGAGUCAACAAGAUUAUCUAGACGAUAUCCAUCUUACAAUAAUUUUAAGCCUCCUAAUAUUUCAUCUGCAAGCCCCAGUGGGUUUCUCACUGAAGAUCACAAAACUGAUGUACUGCAUAACCCUAAUAAUCUUCUUCCUACUGAUUUAGACCUCUACCCCAGGGCUUAUAGUGAUAACUUUUAUGAGCCUGAGCAAUCACAAGAUUUCCAGGAUUAUAAUUUAAGCCAAUUUCCUGGUGACAGUCAAGUGCAAAAAACUAUGAUGAUAAUAACCAUUACAAGGUUAGUGUUGGGUUUCUUGCUGCCUUUUAUUAUCAUAGUGUGCUGUUACAGCAUCAUCGUUUUUCGAAUGCGACGGAGCCAACUGACAAAGUCUCGGAACAAAACUUUCCGAGUGACCAUGAUGGUGGUGACUGUAUUUCUUGUCUGCUGGACCCCAUACCAUAUUAUUGGAGUCCUAUUACUGGUUAUUAGCCCAGGAUCUUCCUUGAGAGGAACUCUAUUAUCCUGGGACAAUGUGGCCCUUGCUCUAGCAUCUGCCAAUAGUUGUUUCAAUCCCUUCCUCUAUGCCCUCUUGGGGAAAGAUUUUAGGAAGAAAGCAAAGCAGUCUGUGAAGGGUAUUCUGGAGGCAGCCUUCAGUGAGGAACUCACACACUCUACCAGUUGUUUCCAAAACAAAGUCUUUACAGAAAGAAACAGCAUCAGCACAGGUGUGUGAAAAUCCAGAGCAACCUACCUAAGUAGAUGUCUUUAGUGAGUAUUUGUAAAAGAAUGAGGGAUUAUGACAAGCAGGAGACUUCAGAAAUCAUCAAAUAAUCAAUCUAGCAAUUCUCAAAGUGUGGUCUCAAAUUACUGGCAUCAGCAUCUACUGGAAUGGAAAUUUAUUAGAAAUUCAAUACUCAAGGUUCCAAGGAUGAAUCAGUAUCUCUGGGAGAUGAGGCCCAUUGUUUUAACAGGCCCUCUUGCUUCUCAUUAACACCAAAUUGGAGAAUCAUUAUAAAAAUUGGUGUAUUUCUAUCCCUAAGCCAUGUACUAUAAAUAAGAAUCUAGUCUUUUUUUUUUUUUUUUUUU